CGCUGAGGAUCACCAGAGACACAACCUCUGGACCGCUUUGCUCCAGCAGCGCUUCCAGAGACACAACCUUUUGGACCGCUUUGCUCCAGCAGCGCUUCCAGAGACACAACCUUUUGGACCGCUUUGCUCCAGCAGCGCUUCCAGAGACACAACCUUUCGGCCUCUUGUACUCAGACGACAUGGUUUCUGCCGGCUUCCAGAUGUUGGGCACCGCCCUGUGCAUCAUCGGGUGGAUCGCCGCCAUCAUCACCUGCGCUCUGCCCCAGUGGAGGGUCACGGCCUUCAUCGGCAACAACAUCGUGACGGCUCAGACCACGUGGGUGGGCAUCUGGAUGGAGUGCGUGGUCCAGAGCACGGGCCAGAUGCAGUGCAAGAUGUACGACUCCAUGCUGGCGCUGUCGCAGGACCUGCAGGCCGCCCGCGCCCUCAUGAUCAUCUCCAUCCUGCUGGGCGUCCUGGGCGUGCUCCUCGCCGUCGCGGGCGGGAAGUGCACCAACUGCGUGGAGGACGAAGGCGCCAAGGCCAAGGUGGGCGUGGCCUCGGGCGUGACCUUCAUCCUCGCCGGCGUCCUGUGCCUGGUCCCCGUGUGCUGGACGGCCAACGCCGUCGUCAGGGACUUCUACAACCCCAUGCUGGGGAGCUCUCAGAAGAUGGAGCUGGGCACGUCGCUGUUCAUCGGCUGGGGGGGGGCGGCGCUGCUCAUCCUGGGCGGGGGCCUCCUCUGCGCCAACUGCCCUCCGCGGGACAACUACCCGGCCAAGUACACGGGCAACCGCGCCACCGCGCCCAAGGGCUACGUCUGAGCGGAGGAGAGGAGAGGACGGAGCGAACGCCCGAAAUUCAGGAGUGACCUCGAAUCUAUGGAUUUGAAUGAUUUGAAUUUCUGACUGUGUUUGUGCUUUGGGUUUGAUUCAUGAUGAUCAUUUUCGGGUUUGUUCUGUCGCCGCCAUAACGACAUGCAACCACCUGUUUUUGUGCGUUGACUCAGCUUGUAGCGCUGAUCUUGAACUGAUUUGUCCGUUUACAUGUCAUUUUAUAUAAACUUUUGUACAUGACUGUGUGAAACUGUAAAUAAAUAUUUUAUAUUCA